CAUAAUGCUCUGUCAUGCGGCUUGAGGGAGUGGAAAAUGGCGGAGAUUGAUGGAACGGAGCUGCUGUUGCGUUCAUAAAACCGCAUAAAAAGCAGUCUUUGUUGAUUUUCACCGUCGAAUCUCAUGUGAUAUAAAGAGAUUCCGGUAUGCGCAGUGCGCACGCUGGAACACUGAACUGGACGUAACAGGAUUUCAGUCAGGUUUGUUUGUGGGUUCCAAUCAUUUGGCAACCUUUCCUUUGGCUUCCAAUCCCUGGGUCCACCAGAGCAACCUUUAUACAACCAACUGUCCUGAACCAUGGACCUGGCAUCAGCAUCGGGCCUCAGAAGGAGGCUUGCCACCUCCUGCUCACCCACCGGCCAAAGAGAGAUUGCCAGAAGCCCACCUCGUCGCUCACCCUCUUUGUCUCGGUCAUCUCCAUCAUCUGAUCAGUCUUCACCCUCAUCUACAUCAUCCUCUCCCCGUGCCAACUCGUCAUUUUUUCCGAACCACGUUAAAGGUCAGACUCAUGAGUCAGAACUGCUGAGGGUGUCUUCCACAUCUGCCUCCCGAACAAAGUCAUCCCUCUCCACAGCCAAAGCCACCUUUGCAGAAUCCUUCCCUCGCAGUUUGUCACAGUCAGGUGUUGAAUAUCAAGAAGUAGGUAGGAAAAAGGAGAUAUACGAUCCUUUCCAUCCUACAGAGGGGGAAAAAGAUGGAAAGACUGAGGAAGAUGAAGGUGAGAAGUAUGAUCCUUUUGAGCCCACUGGUUCUCCAGCAUCAGAUGAUGAUGACGAAGACGGCAACUUAACAGAAAAGCUAACGAGUGCGCAGAGAGAAAUUGAGAAGAAAGAAGAGGAGCCCCCAGAUUCCACUGACGUAUUCAGUGACCCACCGAGCCCUCCGUUGGCUCCCCAGCUCUCUCAUAGACGGCGAGUUGACUACAGCACGACCAAAGCUCGAGUUAAGAGAGAGCGGGCUGACUCUGACCAUUCUGAGAUUGAGGAGGGGGAGAUAGUGGUCGCUAUUGAGAGAGAUGUUGGUACCAAGAGAACAGCCGCAGAAAAUCUCCUCCUGGACUCUCCCAAGGUCACCUUUUUUGAUCCAAAACCAGAGCGCAUUCUCCGUGUGCUGGAUGGGGAUGGAUUUGUAUCUGUAUGUGCGGACAGCAACUGGGAUGUAGACAGGGAGACGGACGAUGAGCCUCGGGUGGGAGUGGAGGAUCUGAGAAGGAAACUGGUCAGCAAGAGGAAGGAAAGGUAUCUUGCCUUUCCCGGUUCAUCCCCUCUCACUUCUGAGCUCCCACCACCUCUCCCUCCUCCUCCUCCUGUUGACUUGAUGCCUUCUUCCCCUCUUGCACCCGCUGCCGAGAAAGGAAACGCAAACCGCAAGUCCUCCAAAGCGCCCAAGGAUCAGAGCAGGCAGAGAAGCAAGGAUACAAAGGCGAGGGAGAAGGAUGAGAAGCGAAAGAAAAAAAGGAAGGACAAGGAGGGAGAUGGAGAAAGGAGCAGAGAAAAGAAGCCAGGGGACAAGACUGAUAAAGACGGCAAAAGUAGGAGAGGCAGCAGGAGUAGUAGUCAGAAGAGAAAGAAAACGCAUCACAGUAGCCCGGAGGCUUCUCAAUCACACAACUCUUCAAGACGGGACGGCCACAGGAGACACUCCUACCCGAGCCCUACUGCGGAACGCCAUCGAGAGAGGGAAAGAGACAAAGAAAGGGACCGGGACAGAGGUCGAGACGGAGACAGAAGCAGAAAAAUGGAACGAGACAGGUAUAGAGAGAGCGAACGAAGCCGCACCUUCAGCCAGAGAAGAGAUGAAAGAGAGAGACGCUCUAGCUCGAGAAAGGAUGAGAGGAAACGGAAGGGCCUCUUCCAUUCAAGCAGCAGAGAGCGAGACGUUUCAAAGAGGCCGAGAAGAAGUGGGGAGAAAAGAGAGGGCGAAAGAGCCCGGGAGCAUGAGCGGGACCGUCGCCGGGAAGGACGUCCCGUCGUCCCCCCGUCUAUUCAGGACCUGAAUGGUUCCGACCUCUUCGCCAUCAAGCGAACCAUUACCGUCACCACCACCACAACCACCACCACGGUCCCUGGCUCUCCGAUACUCACUCAAGCCUCUCCGUGUCGGAUUGUGCAGGACACGCCCCACAAGAGGAAGAAGAAGAGAAGAUGGCACUCGGGUGGAGAGGAGAUGGACCGGGGAACUUGUCGUAGCCGAUCGCAGUCGCCGUCGCCUCCACGGUAUCGCAGAUAUGAGUCAGACCGCUAUUCCGAUAAAUUAGAGAUAGACGUGUUGUCUUUAGACGGUGAGGCUUUGGACUCGGACUACCCGUCCUUGGAAGACACGCCUCCAGCGGCUCUGCCCCCGGACCCGCCUGUCCCCAGCCCCAAAUCGAAACCAACUCCAAAGACUGAGCGGCAUCACCCCAAAAAGAAAGGUCACACGUCAAAGAAAUUGGCUCAGUCGUCGUCCUCCUCCUCCUCCUCGUCCAAUAAAACCAAAAGCAAAUGCCUCUCGUCUCUGUCCGUCACGUCGGAUUCUGCCCCCGUCCCAGCUGGCCUUCCUUUAGCCAAGAGAACCAGGAAAGUAGGGAAAGACAAAGCAUGGGACAAAGACGGCAAAAAGGAUUUGGGUCGCUCCGGCAAAUCGAAGAAAGAGAGCAGCAGUCGGAAAGCCAAACUUCAGUCCAAAGUGUCUGUUUUGGUGCGCGAGGGUGUGAGUAGCACCACUGGGACGUCAAUUGGCUCUGGUAAGCUGGGUAUGGACCUCCUUGGUCCUGGAGCUACUGGGGGAGGUUCCGGAGGGUCUGUGGUGGGGGGUUCAAUUGCUGUCGUCUUCUGUAGGGACAACGAGAGCAGGUCACCGUUUCUGAAGCCUUGCACCGAGCCUCUUUCGGUAGGCGUGCGCAAUAAAGAGCUGGCCAGUAUGGGCAAGCGAAACAGCCUCGCAGCACCGCCACCCUCUUUAAACAGCACCGGGGGAGUGAAAUCAAAGAAAACAAAGGCCGGGUCGAUCACAUCCACUUCCUCCUCUACCCCCUCCCCUUCAUCAACAUUGGCAACCAAGCGCCGCCGUCGCUUAGCCAAGAAAGUUCGGGCAAAAGAUGGCGCAUCGGGUCUGGACGCUGGAGACGGGAGCCAAACAAAAGUGGCACCUGAAGGCUGGAGCGGAGCCCCGCCAGAGGUUCUCUCCGCCGCCGGUGAUGGAAGCAAGGCCGUCAGUCCGCACUCUGGCCAAGCAGGCCCCGCCCCUUGUUCGUCGUCCGCCUCUUCCUCGUCGUCCUUUACGAGUGUGCCCCCGCCUUCCUCCUCACCACCGCGUACACCCCCACCUCUUCCGGCUCCCUUGCGCGACGUCAGGGAGUCUUCGCCGGACUCUCAGACCGUGGACAGCAGCUGCAAGACUCCGGAGCCUUCUUUCCUAGCUGACGACUGCCCGACUCAGACCAGCCCCACACUGCCGCCAUCCAGUCCACCCAGCCCAUCCCUGCCCCAGGGGUCUACACCCACCGCCGUGCAGCCCCCUUCAGACAAUGCGCCCAAAUCUGUGCCCUCACCUCCUUCCCCUUCAUCAUCGGGGGCAGGCGUUCUCGGUUCCCUUUCUCUGCCUUUGUCCUCGUCAGACCCCUCUUCCUCCUCGGUGUCCUCGUCAUCCGCCAGCAAGCCUCCUCCACCCCCUCCUCCGGCAGCUCCCGUCCUCCCGUGGAGUCUGCAGACAGGGGUGGACUGCACAACCGGAGGGGUUCUUGCAUUAACCGCCCUUCUCUUCAAAAUGGAGGAAGCGAACAUUGCCAGCAGAGCAAAAGCACAAGAGUUCAUCCAAGCGACCAGCCAGAUCCUCUCACAGGCAAAUCAGAGUCAGUCUCAGGCUCCGUCAGCUGCCUCCUUGACCUCCUCCCAGAUCCCUCCUCCCCCUCCCACUCUACCCCCACCGCCUGCAUUGAGCCCGGCGCAGUUCAUCCUCCAAAGCUCUCUGCCAUUAGUCGGUUGCACCAAAACUCCGCCCUCCCACCUGCACCCCACCCUUGGUGGCGGCUGUGCACAGACACCCCCGCCUGUCAUGCCGGUCGGGCUGCCCGGAUUUACAGGGAGCUCCGGAGACACUUUUUGGGACAGUGAAAGUAAAGACCCUGAGAAGUACCUGAAGAAGCUCCACACCCAGGAGCGGGCCGUGGAGGAGGUGAAGCUUGCUAUCAAACCUUACUAUCAGCGCAAAGACAUCAACAAGGAUGACUACAAAGAUAUCCUCCGAAAAGCUGUUCACAAGAUCUGCCACAGCCGCACUGGUGAAAUCAACCCGGUCAAGGUCAGCAACCUUGUGAAGCUGUACGUCCAGCGUUACAAGUACUUCCGAAAACAUGGACGCAAAAUGGAUGAAGAGGAGAGGGAUGAAAGGGAGCAGAGCGGCGCUUUUUAAAAUGUUAUCCUACUCUGCCUUUGGUUGUUUUGGACACCCACUAAUUUGUGUUAAUGUUUCUAUUGUUUGGUCUUCUCCAUUUUAUGCAGCUUAUCCGUGUGAUUUCACUGUAAAUAUGUCAGACAAAAAAAAUAGGUCUUUAGAGAACAGGUCAUGUAUAGGAGAUGCAAUGGAUCCCAUGUAUCCCAAUAAAAUCCCCAAAACCUUGAAAAUGCAA